AUGGGUAAAAAAUCAUCGCGCAUCACUGCGAAAGCCGGCGGCAAGUGUGUAAAGAAGGCCGCGGAAAAGGGUGUAUCGGCUCCCCCGCCAGUUGCACAGCGCAACCGCGGUCAACUGCUGCUGCGUUGGCUGUCGUUUGAGCUGCAGUUGCUUCAGCGUCUUGUGUACCGUGUAGGUUUUGCGGAUGUUCACGUUGCCUGCGGUCUCCCGUCCUGCUUGUCACUCAUUGUAACUCAGAACAAGAACCAGCACCGAUCCAGCGCCUUUAUGACCGCCGUGUGCACCAGUAUACGGUCUCUGAAGCGUUUCAUUAAAUUGCUGGAUCUGCGGAAACCACCCGCAGUCUUGUCAAAGUUGCAUCUCGAUGACGAGUUCAACCGAGUCUUCUACCAAACUCUUCGUUCGGUGCUAGACGCAAGCGUAGAGAUAUCACGAGUCCACGCGCACCACUUCCACGUUCCACUGAUCGCAGUUUUAUUAAGUGUUUACGGGUACGUUCGCUAUCGGCUGCAACGCGAGACUGUGCACGGCGUGCUUUCACCUUGCUUGUUUUGUCACUACUUGCGUUGUGACAUGUAUGUGUGUGAGUGCUAUGUCGGUGUACAUGUUUAG